CGUUAGUCCUGAAAACAUUUUCCCUCUCAAGUGCCUACCCAAAUUGCUUUCUCUCAACAUCCUUUGUGCUACAGAGAACAAUCCCAGCACUUCCGAUCUAGCCUUGCGGCUGAAACCCCUCCAUUCUGGGAUGUGGACGUCAGUGCCAGGACCAACAAUUCCUGUCCAUCUCUGAUCGACUUGCUCAGCCAUUUCAAUGAGUAGAUAAAAACCAACCAUUUUACUGGAGUCACAAAUAGCCCAGGGGCAGCACCAAAGAGAACUUCAUUUGCAAAACUGCUCAAAAUCAUUCCACAAAGUGCCCAUGAACAAUUACACCAAUCGAGUCUUUCCUGUGCAUAUAUUGUCUUCAUUCAUCUACCCGGAUUCCUGUGUUUUCUCCUCGUGGGAUAAUAGAGAUUUUGUAAUUGGAGCAAGAAUCAUCUAGCUACGUUUGCUUGGACUCAUUCAGAUAGGCUAAAGAAAGCAAUGGAAGAUUCAAGGAGUGUUGACAAUGAGCAAGUAUGUACAGAAGAUGAAGACGAAAAUAGUGUUUUGCUAUUUUCGGAUAAAGAGAAUGAGACUAAGCAUUUGCAACAGAGUGCUGGCAUGAAGCUAGUUACUGAGCAAGUGGACCCAGCCAUCUCCAGUACAGAAAAAGAUUUAAGUACAAAUACACGUAAACCCUUUGAUCAUGUUGAUCAGGAUAUCUCUACUUCUUUAAGUGAUAGCUCGGAUUCAGUUAACAGUUUAUUCAAAACACAGUGUUUGUCCAUACCAGUAAGAAAUAAGAGGGGGCAUUUGUCCCAGUCAGAUAUCAGAAGUCAAAAUGGACGUAAUUCUGAGAGCUCAUCUGAUUCAGAUGGAGGUCUGUGGCGUCCAAGUUUUUUGAAAAUUGGUGAAGUCAGAAGACGGCGGCGACGUAAGAGAUCCAAAAGUAGUUACACUCAUAAGAAGUCUGGCCUGCCAAGGGGAAGGCUGCAAGCAUCCAUACCUGCAGCAGAGAAGAGGAGGAGGUUGAGAGAGCGAGGGCUAGAGUUCCCAUUUUUGCGAAAGGAGUAUGGAAAGAAGGAUUUGCCAUUUAAGAUGAUUUUUGCAUAUGAACAAGCAGCUUUGUGUGGAUUAUUUGAUUACAUGAAGGAGUUAAAAUGUCAAAAACAUCUCAUAACAUCCUUAAAAGAUAAAAAUGUGGACUGUACGGAAAGAGAGGGUGGUCCAACCAGGCAGUACAAGUACCUGGAUGAGGAAAGACCAAUUUCACCCAUAUCAGAAAGCACUGAUGAAACCUGCAUUGAAGACUUAGAAAAUGAAGAGGCUUUUGAUAUGAAAGUUGUGGAUAACAGCUGCUUCAUAAUAGAAAAAAGGCCUGAAAAAAAGAAAAAGUGCUUUAGGACAAUGCACUGCAAUGGUAAAACUAAAAACAGAUCUCUAAAUAGUGGUAAAAAUAAAGGGAAGCAUGAAGCCAGUGGUAAAAGGAAAGGCCAUGUUAAAAAUAAACAAGUGACAGUUGAACAAAAGAACCACUCCACACAAAAUCUUCUUCGCAGUGGGCCUUUUAAGCAGAAAACCAGCAAGAUCACAAAAGAGGAAUUAGCAGACCAGACAACAGCAGACCUGGGCAGUCUACAGAAUAACUGCAGGCCAUUAGGUGAACAGGAAGAUGAAGGAACAGAGACUGCACUUUCUCUCAAGAACUGCAAAUCUAAUAAACACUCAAAGAGGAUGAUUGUGCAAAAGAGGGAACACACAACAUUGCAAGAAGAGAAUAAUCUAGAAAGAAUGGAUUGUGAAUUAACAAUGUACCAAAAAGUCCUUUGUAAUGGUACUGCUCGAAGAAAUUGCGAGGAACAGGAUGAUCCUGUGGAACAAGCCAACAAAGGCACAAAUUUAUCAUCAAUGUUGUCUCAGAAAACAAAGCAUAAACUCUAUAAUGGGAAUAGUUAUUUUACUGGCUCACCAUUGUAACAAGGGUAGUUAUUUUGCCGGAUCACCAUCAAAAGCUUUUAUUUAAGAAUGAACAGAAUAACAUCUGAACUGUAGUUUAUAAGUGUAUGGCACAUUUGCAUAUAAUUAUUCAGGCCAGUAAUGACUUGACACUGUGAUAUACAUGUGUUCAUAACAUUAAUAACUCCUAACUACCACUGGGAAAGUAUUUUCCAUUGACUUUGAAGAAAUUCUGGAUUCAGAGUGUAUUAAUUGUAAGAAUAUUAUGCAACUGAAACAUUGUCAUUCUGUGGAUGAACAUUGUGGAAGAUGGAAAAUAUUCUUGUACUCUACACAAGUUCGGUUUCAACACAAUCCUUUGCAAAUUAGAGGCAGUGCCUAAAACUUUGUCCUGAAACUAAUAUCUUAGCAAAUAAAUCAAACAUUUAUGAUCUAAAUCUAUAACAUAUAACAAGUAACUGUGAAAUUUUCACCUUGCAAAAAUCCUUUUGAAAUAAUUUGUAAUCAAAUAUGUUGGCAAAUCUUUGUUCAUCAGAACUACCUGAAACAUUUUCUCCCUCUUGUGGCUACUAGCUCACCCAUUGGGUAUUUCCAGCAAUUUCUGUUUUUAUUUUUAUUUAUCAACAGUUGACACUGAAAGUUAGUGAUUGGAGAGUACGGUUUUCUUUUGGUGGGCAGUGAUAGGUAGCCAGUAUCUGUUAGUGAUCCACAUAAAUUGAACUUGAGUGAUACUGCAUUUUACUUUGCUAAAUCUUACAAAGGAUCAGCACUCUCUAUAACUAAUUAGAUGAAUUGUUAACCUCUAAAUUGAGGUUUUUAUUUGUGCAUAUGUCACAUAGCUUAAUUUGUUAUUUUGUAACUUUAUUUUAUAAUAUAGUUUUGAUGUAUU